AUGCCCGAGAACAAGGAUCAUACCCGGACCGAGGACAACGACAAGGACAAGGACGAGGACCUUGCCAUCGUCAAUCCCAGUGACAACAAUGAGAACGACGGUGACGAUAGUUCUUCUUCUCAGCAAUUGUCAUUAUCGUUGUCGACCGCUACAGCCACGUCCACUCCAAGAAGUACGGAUUCGAGGACAGACGACCAGAAGUCGAAAUCUACCAUGCCCACGACAAGCAAGUCCACCACCACCACCACCACCAUUGAGAAACUCACGUCCAACAUCUCGUCAACCGAGAACCAACUCUCCCUCAUUCUCCGUCAAAUAUCGGAGCUACCAUCGUUCGCUACACAACGUUCGGCCACGACAUCAUCAUCAUCAUCAUCACCGACCUCGAACACUCCCACGGGUACCAGUAUGUCGAUACCACCACCACCACCACCAACAACAACAACAGCUUCAACUUUAUCAAGUCAGGAAAACACAGCGCUGGAUUACGUGGACCGUGUCUUUUCCAACCACAUUUCCCUCCUGAAAGAAUACAACGACAUCAAAGACGUCGCUAUGGGCAUGCUGUCCAUCUUGGCCGAGAAGCAGGGACGACGCCUGGCUGAGGUCAUGCAGGACCAUGGACUGACCGAGGAUGAUUGA